AUGGCGGACCCGCAAGACCACCGCCCAGGCGAAGAGGAAGACGAGGAAGAAGAGGAGGAAAUCGACGAUGCCAGCUACAAAACCAUCAAAGAUGCCGUUCUCUUCGCCAUCGAUGUUAGUCCUAGCAUGCUCGAAAAACCACCAAAGUCAGAGGACAAGAAAGCCGAGCGCGACUCACCAACCUCUGCUGCGCUGAAAUGCGCCUAUCAAUUGAUGCAGCAGCGCAUCAUUUCGAAUCCAGACGACAUGAUGGGCAUAUUGUUGUUUGGAACAGAAAAGACAGACCUCAAAGACGGCGACAGUACUUUCCAACACUGCUAUCUGCUGGCCGACCUCGACGUUCCUUCAGCGCAAGAUGUCAAGAGGCUAAGAGAUAUAAUCGAGGAUGAAGAAGAAGCUGAAAAGAUAUUGAAGCCAGCAAAAGAUGGGGCCAGCAUAGCAACAAUGCUCUUCUGCGCAAAUCAGAUCUUCACCAUAAAGGCUCCAAACUUCUCAUCACGGCGUCUCUUUCUCGUUACCGAUAACGACUAUCCAGUCAAGGCCAAAGCAGACAAGGAAGCUGCAAUCACUCGCGCAAGAGACUUGUACGACUUGGGCUGUACCAUCGACCUGUUCCCCAUUUCACAGCAGGACCACAGCUUCGAUCGGUCACGCUUUUACGAUGACCUCGUCUAUCCGACAUCACCAUCAGAUCCAGACGCACCAGUUGCUAUACCCUCUACCACGAAAGUCGCAAAAAGCGGCGAGGGCAUUUCACUUCUCAAGCAACUCAUCUCCUCGAUCAACUCGAAAGCCACACCCCGGCGUGCUCUCUUCUCAUUGCCAUUGGAACUAGGUCCCGACUUACGAAUUGGUGUCAAGGGAUACAUUAUGAUCAAACGCCAGGAGCACGUCAAAUCAUGCUAUGUCUGGGUUGGCGGAGAAAAGCCACAGAUCGUCACUUCUUCAACCACACACAUGGCCGACGAUACCGCCCGCACUGUCGAAAAGACGGAGCUGCGGAAAGCCUACAAGUUUGGCGGGGACGCAAUACUAUUCACGCCUGAAGAGAUUACCAAGAUACGGCAAUGUUUCGGUGACCCCAUCAUCCGCAUCAUUGGUUUCAAGCCUCUCUCCAGCGUACCCAUCUGGGCCAACACCAACAAAUCCACCUUCAUCUACCCCUCUGAAGCCGACUUUAUCGGCUCCACGCGCGUCUUCUCAGCGCUCCAACAAAAACUCCUCAAGUCCAAGAAGAUGGGCCUAGCAUGGUUCAUUCCCCGGCGCAACGCCGCGCCCACGCUCGCCGCCCUGAUUCCAGGCGAGGAGAAAACUACCCCAGACGGCGAACAAGCCAUGCCGCCCGGUCUCUGGCUGGUCCCGCUUCCCUUCGCCGACGACCUACGCCAGUUCCCGCCACAGCCCGAAGCACCCCUCACAACCACGGACGCGCUAACCGACAAAAUGCGUCUCAUAAUCGAGCAGCUGCAGCUCCCCAAGGGCAUCUACGAUGCCUCCAAAUACCCCAAUCCCAAUCUGCAAUGGUUCUACCGCAUCCUGCAGGCGCUCGCCCUCGAAGAAGAACUGCCCGACCACCCAGAUGACAAAACCAUUCCGCGCUUCCGCCAGAUCGACAAGCGCUGCGGCGAGUACAUUGAAGCCUACGGCCGCGAAUUCCAAGAUGCAUAUGCCCAGCAAUACAAGUCUGCGCUUGCGCACCGCGCAAAGCCCCCCGCGAAAAAACGCAUUGCCGCUGAUCCAGACGACAAGAAACCCGCUCCCAAACGCGUCAAGAAAGAAGCAAAAGUCAAAGACGAAGAUGCGAGUGACAAUGAAGACGGGGUCACGGAUCUGCAAAUGGCCAACCUGAAUAAUAGCGGCCAGAUUAGCAAGCAGACUGUUGCAGCGCUGAAACAGUGGCUCGCUGCGCGGGGCCUGAGUGGCGUGGGCAAGAAAGCCGAGUUGCUGGAACGAGUGCAGGAGUAUCUUGAUGGGAAGGGGUUGUAG